AUGUAUAGGCAAGGAGCAAGCACUCUGUUAUUUCUUUAUGUCUCUACUUUGAUAAUUGCCACAAUACCGGGUCGAGUUUUACUUUACGAUACUGAUAAUAACGAAUAUAUAGAGAAAUUUGAUUGUAUUUAUUACACCUACAAUGAUGGCGAAGAGAUUUCAUACUGUCAACGUCCGGGUGAAAGUAUGCAGCUCAAUCGAACUAGCGCACAGUGCGAGAAUGGUGGCGAAAAGAGACACUUUCUGGAGCUGCUCGAUCAGGAUAUUCAACCAAGUGAAAUUCUUCGAUGGAUUUCGAGCGUUGAAAUGGCCGAUCUGUAUGCCACUGUUUUCUACGAUCGAUCGCUGCUCGCAGAGAACGAUACCCGAUUUGUGUGCAACUGCACUCAAUAUGGAACAUUCGGGAAAUAUUGUGAAUAUCAGUUUACACAUCGAACGAAUGCAUUCAGCAAAGCAAUCCUAAAUCAGUUUGAUGAGAAACGAACGGGUGAUUUCUGGAACACGCAACGAUAUGGAAGUAUUCUCUGUUAUACUACUCUCCCUUGCGAAUCGAGUCCCCUCUGUCUCGAUUGGCGUGAGAUUUGUGACGGUGUUCAGAGAUGUUUAAAUGGUAUGGACGAGGAGAAUCGAGAUAAAUUAGAGUUCAACGAAUGCGAGGACGAUGAAUACCGAUGCAGUAAUGGUAUGUGCAUAGCUGAAGAAUUCUGGCUUGAUGGGGAUGUCGAUUGCAUGGACUGGAGCGAUGAACUUUAUCUUGGUAUGGAAGACGAAUGUCCGUUCGCGCCAAAAUCCAUAGAAUGUGAUGAACAUCUAUGCAUUCGUGGCAUGUACUCAUGCGGCGACGGACAAUGCAUUCUGUGGGGUGCUCGAAUGGCAUUCCAACGAUUUAACAUACCUUUUGGCGAGUGUUUCACCAAGCGCAAUUUGAACUAUAUGUGCGAGGUGAGCCCAUAUCGACCGGCCUGGACACUGGAGAGUGGACUAUGUUGGCCGGAUGAGAACUAUGAUGAUCUUCGGUAUCCUCCGUGGGAUAUGAUGAAUACAUCCAAUCUGACAGAAGCAGACAAAUGUCAGUACCUAUUUCGGUGUCUAUUAUCGGAAGGUGUCGAACGUGAUUGUCCGUGCAGGCUUCAGCGUUGCGUGCAAAUGAUGAUGGAUCUAUGUUCAAAACCCAGUCGCGUCAUUUUCUAUCCACCACCCGGAUUGAUUAAUUCGAAUGUUUUUGUUGCCUAUGACUACACUAAAUUUUUGUCAAAUCAAAAUUUUCACUUCUUUGGAGUGUACGGAAGCCUGAAAUGCCGAGGGUUUUUCUUUCGGACGCACCGGUUUCAUCCGCUAGAUACUAGUCUUUUGAUAAUUAUGCAGCAUCUCAUCAAUCAUGGACUGUGCACCAUCAAUGAUCCGGCAUAUGGAGACCGAGAUUUUUCAUCGCCUCUUCAAAACGAUAAGUUCUGCUGGAACGACUCGCUGACAUUCAACGGCCGCCCGUAUGCUGUUAAUCCUAACAUAUGUCUACGAGUAGGGGAAUGUAUCUCACAGUAUCGAAUCCGUGAUGGUACGUAUGAUUGUCUUGGGGGUGACGAUGAAGCCGUUGUGCUCGAAAGGAGCUAUUGUACGGGAAAUGUCGGACGACAACGUUUUCAAUGUUUCAACAAGGAACACAAAUGCCUCACAAUAGAAAGAUUGCGCACAUACGUCAUUGACUGUUCGAACAGCUACGAUGAAAGUCUGCACGGCAUUGGUAUCUCUUCUGAAGAUCAAGUGCAAUGCGUGAAAGGACACAUGACGAAUUGUCACCAACUGAAAGACUACAUCCAACAAUCAUCGAUCGGAAACUUGAAGAACCAGAGUGAUACGGCUGAUUACUCGCCUUCGAGCUCGACAAGCCGCAUCCCAUUCGCCUGGUACUGUGACACAUUUUGGGACUUGGAGGGAGACGUCGACGAAAUGAACUCUUCGUGCCUGCAUUGGGUAUGUCGCAACAAUGAAUACCAAUGUCGAACGGGACACUGUAUUCCAUUACGCUGGGUAUGCGAUGGCGAAUGGGAUUGUCCCGACGCAUCCGAUGAGGAGGCAAUUGUUUUGAUGAGAAACCAGUCAGUGCACAAUUUCCAACUCCAGAAUUUGUCUUCUCUGAUUCAACAGUGUCACGCUCUCUAUUUAAAACCGCCAUUUUCAAAUAUUUGCAAUACUACUUUCGAGCUCGGCUGUCUUAGAUCCCACGCGGCCAAUCCAUUGGAUAUUCACUCGCAUCGUCCGUGCAUCAAUCUCACGCAGAUUGGCGAUGGAAUCGAAGAUUGCUACAAUCAGUACGAUGAGAAGAACACGUUUAAGGUGAACUUCUUUGCCAAAACGACGUGGGGUUUCCAGUUUCAAUGUGCAGACGACUAUCGAACCUAUAGAGAUGUUUGCAGUAAUGGCAAAGUCAACUGCACCGAUAUUGUUUGUGCAAAGUAUCGAGACAAGGUUGGCGUCUGCUCCGAUAUCAAUGAUUUCAUUUGUUUUGAAGAUAAUCGCUGCAGGAAGAACGCAAGAUGCAACAAAGUAGUCGAUUGUUCUUUCGGCGAGGAUGAAUACUGGUGUCCGCAAAGUUCUGCGAUCAACAUAGACGCGUAUCGCCAGUCGAAAAAGAGAAGCUUAAGGUCAAUCAAGCAAGUUAUCGACUGGAUGCCGUUUGUACCUGAAGAAACGACGUCUUCCACUUCACGAACACUAUUCAAACUGAUCAGUGAUGCUCGAAAAGAUCAACAUGUCACAUCGCAUUCAUACCGAUGCAAUCGAGGUAUCGCGGUCAUCCGGAUCAAUGAAACGUACUGCUUAUGUCCGCCAGCUUACUAUGGUCGUUGGUGCCAAUUCUUCAGUGAUCGAAUCACUCUAAUUGCUCAUCUCGAUCGAACAACUCUGCCGAAGUCAUUGACGAAUGUCACUCUCAAAAUCAAAGCUCAUUUGACGUUCGUCGGCCAACUCAUCGAUUACCAUGAGUUCCAUGCGAUGCCAACAUUUGAGAACGGCAAUGUGAUCAAACAUCGAUUCUAUCUUCUGUAUUCUCGCUCUUUGUCAAUGCUUGCCCAUAAACGAUGGCGUUACUUCAAUCGAACGGAUGUCGUCAAUAAUCAUCCAUAUUCAGUGCAGCUCGAUGUCUUCGCUCUCGGAGCGAACGCGACUAUUCACGAGCUGGGCUCCUGGCAUUACCCCAUCUAUUUUGAUUAUUUACCGUCAUUUCGUCUGGCUGUUCGCCUGAGAUUCCCGGUGCUGUUUAAAAAUAUCACCCAUGAUCGCUGUGCGCAGAAUGAUUGUAAUGGAAACUCUACAUGUCUGCCAGUUCUCAAUCACAAUCAUUCGCAUUAUUGCUCAUGCAAGCGCGGCUACUACGGAACAAACUGUAACCUUUACGACUCUCACUGCGACAGUUAUUGUCUAACACAAGCCUUCUGUCGUCCUAUCGACCUGCAAGUUGGAAGAAAGCAGCACUGCAUCUGUCCGCUCGGUCAUUUCGGACCGCGCUGCAACUUAAAGUACGACGGGUGUUACUCGAGCCCAUGUGCGAACAACGGAACUUGCCUUGCUACUUAUGAUCGAAGUGAUGAAAAGCCUUACGCAUGCCGUUGCUCAAGCUUGUUCUACGGAGAACAAUGCGAACACGAAAAGGCUUCCGUUCGCGUUCAUUUUAACCACACCAAGACAACGCCUGUCCGAGCAGCUGUUGUUCAAUUGUUCGCUUUGACUGAUUCGUUGACUAUUCGAUACCAGGCAGUUUUUCACGGCUUACCAUCAACGAUUACUUACUACGAUCCCGAUACCGUUGCACCCUUUCUUGGAAUCCUCAAAACCUAUGCUGAUGUAUCACACCCUCAAUAUGCCAUCAUCUAUUUGCGAACGAAGCAAACGAUAAUUAAUGUCACUUCGUCGCCAUACGAUUGCCCUCCAAGUGCGUCGCCUCUGUUUCGUUACCAUCACAUUUGCCGAAACCAAACCGAGCGGUUGUGUUUUUAUGAUGAAGCCUUCCUUUGCAUCUGUCAGCGAGAUCAUUAUCGUGUUGACUGUUUCUUGUACGACACUCAACUAGAUCAGUGCGAUAAAUGUUUGUCAGCUGCAAAAUGUCUUCAAGGAAAUUUGAAAGAUGCUGACGAUGUCAUUUGUCUUUGUCCUUCAUGUCAUCAAGGACCUCGAUGUGAAUUCAGCAUGCAAGCAUUUGGCAUCACUCUCGAUUCGCUUCUGGUCGAGUGCUCAAGGAAAGUGAAGAUCAUGUAUGCCUCUAUUGUCUGUCUUCUUGUCAUCAUCGGAUUGUUCAAUAAUUACUGUUCGUUCGUCACAUUCAAACGACCGACGCCACGAAAGUUUGCCGUUGGCAAUUACUUGCUAAUUGUCAGCUGCUUCAAUAAGAUCGUCUUAUUCUGCUUGUUUUUCAAAUUUAUGCAAAUGCCUGCUGAAAUCAUUGAUCACAUCUCAUGUAAGACGUUUUCCUACGGUCUUUCCGUGAUGACACGAUCGACUUACUGGCUCACCACGUGGAUUACCAUUGACCGUCUUCUGUUGAUCCUCUUUCCGACGUCAUCAACUCGAUUAAGUCCUCGCAAAGCUAUCGGUAUCAGUGUGCUAACGCUGAUUAUUCUCGCCGCUAUGCAUGUACAUGAGAUAGUCUACUAUACAGUUGUUCAUCAUCGCUCUACUGCUUCACCAGUUUGCGUAACAAAUUUCCACACUCAUCUGGUUGCCACUUAUAAUCGAAUAUCUACUGUACUUCACUAUCUUUUGCCAUUUGCCUUUCAAGUUGUCUGCAUUACGUGCUUGAUUGUUCUCGCGUCGCACAGUCGUGUAAAAACGGCUGGUCAGAAUGAAACGUUCAGACAAGUGUUGAAGAAACAAUUUAGUACGCAAAAAGAACACUAUGUCACACCGACCAUCAUCAUUCUUUCGGCCAUGCCUCAAACGAUUCUCACGUUCAGUUUCGCAUGUACGCCUUUGCGCUAUUGGCAACGUCAUAUUCUACUUAGCGCUUAUCUACUCUCGUAUUUGCCGCAACUGCUCGGCUUUAUUCUCAAUGUGCUCCCAUCGACAAUCUACAAGAAGGAAUUUCGGUCGACAAGGUUCGGCCUAGCCGUUCUCCAGCGGAUCGAAAAUACAAUGAAAAAGUGA